CGAGCACCGCGCCGCUCUGCGGGUUAUCAAAUGGCCCGCCCUCGAGACACGCGCAAGCCGUGAAGCAACCAAGCUGUUCUUCUGCUCCUGCUUUGAUAGACCGAAUUCGCACUAGGCAGCAUACCUAGCCAAAUUCCGACUCGGGAGGAACGAAUCGGACAUGGACGAAGAGCAAACGAGUUCGCUGCUUGGACCAACCCCGGAAAUGCUUGCGUCUGUCAAGGUCUUUCCGCUCAUCCCAGCCAUCAAGCGAGAUGCUGAAAAAGACAUCGACACGGCACUAAGCUGGGACCAACUUACUGCGUCGGAUAUUAACUUUGCCGUUGUUCGCCCAUUGGUCUUCAAGUAUGCCAAACUGGACAAUUUGGCGGUGGUGUACGCGUGUUUCGUGGUCCGCUCGCACUUCCUUUCGGAAGCCCAAGAGAACCUUGCAUACUCGGGCGUCAUGUAUUCCAGAGCAAGCCUCUGUGAGAUCCUCGCCAUGAAGCUUCUUGGGACGUUCGCUUCCACCAAGAUCCGAUUAGUGGCUGCCUUGACUGCUACUUGGAGUCCGCUUGCAGGUGCACCUCUAGACGUGAUACAGGAAGUGAAGUCCAUCAUGGGGACUGAGGAGCAGGAUGAUCCGCAGUGUGCUUUGGAGCUCGCGAUCUCCACGGAAGCCAAGGCCUUCUUGUCCGCACCUGUGGUCCAAACUGUGGUUAACGAUAUAUACUCAGGGAGGGUCAUCUUCUCCAUGGCGUCGACCCAUUCUGUUCUCGCUGACAACUACAAGCCACGUGCAAUUGAGAUGUACGACUAUCGGAAAGCACCCUUCCUUGACCACUACCGGCUGCGCGUGCCUAGAUAUGGCGCAAUUUUGGAAUUCUUAAAUUUUGCUCUUUUGCUGACCACAUUUCUUCUGUGUCUGUCCAAUCGAGAAGUCGGCACAGUGAAUGGAUUCGAGAUUGUGUUCAUACUAUUCGCUACUGCGUUCACGCUCGAAGAGUACACAGCCUCAAAGGAGUAUGGAUGGGGCAUGUACAUGGCCAGUAUGUGGAACGUAUUCGACACAUCGUUCGUCGUGGUGUUCUUCGUGUACCUCGGCUUCCGCAUCAAAGGUCUCGCGCAUCAUGACGUCGGUGCAUCUGAGAUGGGAUUCGACAUACUGGCUUGCGGCGCAUGCAUCCUAUUCCCUCGUCUGGCAUUCUUUGCCAUCUCGAACAACGUGGUAGUACUAGCUCUACGCGCGAUGAUUGUGGACUUCAUAUUCUUCAUCGGCAUCGCAGCUAUAUGCUUCUCCGGGCUGCUCUUCACGCUACACAGCUUAGCCGAGGACACGUGGAGUGUGAAGGCUAUCACCUGGCUAAUGGUCCAGAUCUGGUUCGGAAACACAUAUCUCAGCUUUGCGCAGGCUUCGAGUUUUCAUCCCGUGUUCGGGCCAAUUCUCAUGACCAUGUUUGCUGCGCUCUCAAACACGCUACUGCUCACCAUUCUGAUUUCCAUCCUUACCAACACCUUCGCGCAAAUCGACGCUAACGCUAAACAGGAGUACCUCUUCCAAUAUGCGAUAUCAACUAUCGAGGGGGUCAAGUCCGAUGCCCUCUUCAGCUAUCAGCCACCUUUCAAUCUACUCGCCUUUGUCAUCCUUUGGCCAAUAAGCUUCGUCGUAUCCCCUCGGACGCUGCACUCCGCUAACGUAUUGCUGAUCAAACUGACGUCCUUCCCUUUCUUGAUCAUUAUCAGCCUUUACGAAAGGUACCUUGCCCAGCGCCAGACAUGGCGGGAGGGUGACGCCGACCAGAGUUUCUACUCACGCCUAACGCGCAACGUGAAGAGGAUACCCUUAUUCGACUUGCUUGGAUCCGGCUCUGCAGAUGUCUACGACGCUAUCUUCGACGUCGAAGUCUCACACGAGACCGACCUCUUCGAUUCUGAUGACGAGCAUGAAGACGAACGCACCGCGGUGCCCGGCGGGACCCUGCUCUCGUUCCCCUCUCGCGACAACCUACAGCCUCUCCCAAGAUCUCCCACGCGCCCAUCUCGUCCGCCCUCAGCCCAGCCAGGACCAGAAACUCCUAGACACAGACGACGCGUGAGUCUACCGCGCUCGCCCCCCUUGGCGAGGAGCCGUAGUCGUCGUGAGGGCGUCUCACCUAGUGUUUCGCCGCGUCCGCGGAACAUCACCCUGACUGCAGUGCCGGCUUCGAGCUCCGGGGAGAUGCAGACAGCUGGGUCGCGCAGCCCGUUGAGUAGGUUGUACAGCACUCGGGCUAGCGGCUCCGCGAACCAGCUCGAGCGUGUGAGCUCUGCUGCAGCCGGGAUGGACGCGGGCGUCCGCAAGCUGGAGGCUAUGGUCGAAGAUGUGAGAAGCUUGCCCGUAAACAAGCUCAAGGACGAAAUGAAGGAGCUGCAGGAUCGGCAAGCCCGGAUUGAGAACCUGCUGCUCGUGCUCACGCGUGGAAUGCGCAACGAGAGUACAUACCAUCAGUCUCCCAGACACGAUACGAUAUGACGCAGUUCCGCAUACCAAAAGGUAUUCCUUGUUCUCCUAGUCUAAUUAUACCGACUAUUAUGUCUACGCUGAUAGUGUACGCAAUACCCAAGUGAACUGUAUCCAGAUUCGAGCAUCGAGAAGUCGACGGAGAAAUGCAGCGAAGCAACGAAGCAGCAUGCAUGAGACAAAGAACAAAGUGCAGACAAGCACCGGGUUGCAAGAUGAGAUGAGCAUGGUGAUAAUACAGUGGAUGGUGUGGGCGUG